AUGUCUACAUUAAGGUACAAGUAUUGUUUCAUCGAAUGUGAGUGUUACGUGCCCAUCGAAUGGAAAAAUUACCCAUCGUCCGUGGCAAGAUUAAUUUUGCAAAAAGAAAUCAGCGAGUCCUGCAGAAGGCAUAAUACAUCUGAGGGCAUCAUCGUUUCCAUAAAUAGUGUUACUGCAGAAUCAAUGGAACACAACAAAGUUUUAUGGUUUAGAAAAUUGGAGGACAGAAGUAUUGUCAUAAAUACAACCAGGUAUCAUCCAAUGAGAAUUGAAUACUUUGAAGCUGUAGAAGUUUCUUCACUUAAAAAUGGAAGAAGCUCAAGAUAA